AUGCCACGGCGUCGGAUUGUCGGCCUGCGCGAAACCGGGUGGUCCUUUCGGUGCAUUGCUGACCGCGGGGGCCGUGAUGUGACGUCGACGAGCGUUCCCAUAACUAGACGCACUUCAGGGCGGCCGCAGAGCACCAACGAGCGGCGACGUGGGCGGACCGAUCUGGCACACGAGAACCCCAACGUGCCUCCGUGCACCGUUGGUGAUCGGGUACUUGCUGCAGGAUUACAAUCGCGCAUUCCGCUAGCCCGACUGCCACUCACGCCGAACCAUCGUUGGGCGCGUCUGGCGUGGUGCAAUGGAGGUGGUGAGACCUGCUGUGCCCGCACCCCAGUGACGGUCGCACGCGUGUGUGGCUGUGUUCGUCCACGUCACAUAGGGCCCACCCCGGGAGGCUACGACGCGCGUUCGUCUUUGGUGUUCCGCCGAAUACAUCCAGUGCGUUGUGCGGACACCUUUCUUGCAACGGGAGGGUGGGUCACGCCCUCCGCGAAGCUCGUCAACUGCCCUGUCCGGCUCGCUCAACGGAUUUGUCUCCGAUCGAGCACGUGUGGGACUUGGUGGGCCAACGCUACCUGGUCUGCGGGAGGCGCGGACCGCAGUGCGUUCGCCCCUGUACGAUGGAAUGCCAGCUCGCGUCAGGGCUUGACGUACUGCCCGCGGUGGACACACGCAGUAUUGAUGUGCCUGGGCCAUGGGAGAGUGCUGGGCUCAAAUUCGCGAUGCAAACAUCACUCGCACCGCAGGGGACAAGUCGAUAGCUCCGACCUUGAUAUCUCGCCGGCCCUAAUGUUCUUCCAGGAAGACCCUGUUAAUUAA